CAGCUUAUAGUUUUUUAUUGUUGUUGAAUUCAGUCAUUUUGCUGGAGUCAAAGAGUUGGUGGCUGACAUCAAUGUUCUAGUUUGCAGCAUAUCCCAAUUCAUUUGACAUCGGCAGCCUCCUGCUGCUUAAGUUUUCAGCUGUUUUUUUUAACCCAAUACUGUAGGGGAGGCCCCGACAGUAAAUUCUAUACAGGAGUUUGAGCAGUUGAGUCAAGCCAGACGCAAAUGGGAUCAGCAAUAUCAGACUUCAUUCUAAAGUAGAUGAGGUAAAAUUCCCGCUUAGAAAUAAAAGACCAAGAUCCUAAGCUAGAGGAGAUGUUGUUGAAGGUUUUCACAUUCCUUUGUUUCUAAAUGGACUAGGGAACAAUGAUGUAAGCUUCCAGGAAGAAGGGAUUGUGGAAGUUUAAUUUGGCAGAGGCAAUCAUGCUGUAGAAAUUCCGAGAUGAAUUCUGGGGCAAACCGAUAUGAUCCAGCAUUCCAUGCUAUGACAGUGCCAGAAGAGAUGAUCACUGGUCUCAAGAGAUUCAGUAGAGCAUAGAACACAGUUGUACCCGUCUUCAAUGUGCAUAUUUCUCCGUUGAAGCAUGUCUCUGGUGUUGAGCAUGUCCAUGAGAAGCAGCCAGUCAAAAACUUGAGCAGAGAGGGGCACUCGUAAACCUCGGAGAAAGAAGAGUCCACCACCCCAGGGGUAGAACCAUUCAUCACCAGCAUUAGUUUGAGGUGUGCAUCCUGGAGGAUGGAGCUGAGGAGCUGCAGCUUGUCAAUAACUUGAGCAGAGAGGGGCAGGUGGAAAGAUACGAGAUGUCGGGGUGAGCCAGGGCCUGGGGCUCAGGGAUCUGGUUAUUGAUGGCAAAGGGGUCAAGCCUGGGGAAGCGAAGGUGAAGCUUUGUACCGGGGCCAAGCCAGCGAUCACUCCAAAAACCCAAUGGUGCUGCCCCUUCCAGCAGAGCAAGAGGGCACAUGGAGGAAUUUGCUGUGAAGAUUGAGCAGUCUCGCUAGCAGAAGGAGCCUGUGGGGGACAAGACACAUGAGGGAUUGAGUCUUCAUAGUAGUUCCAAACCAGCCUGACCUAGGCCAUAUCAUUAUUGUUGUAGAAUUUAUGAAGAUAUUCCAUGAGGAGUGCCUUAUUGAACUGUGAGGUUGGUGAUGCCAAGUCCACCAUCCAUUUUUGGCUUGCAAACUUUCUCUCAAGCAACAAGAGCCUUGAUUCUGUUAGAGAGAUCAGAUUUGCCCCACAAGCAAAUACGCCGGGCUCUGUCAACGUUGUUUCAGAACAAUGAUCUCUUGAUGGAAGAACUCGAAGCUCUGAGCAUUAGCAAUGUAGUCAUGGACAGUUGUCUUCAGCAGGCGGCUUCCGGCCUACUGAUGGAUAUCCCGCACGAUGAUACCUUAACGAUCUCUUAAGCAGCAGGAUUGGACAUGGAAGUACAGUUUUACUAAUGAUGUUAGGAAUGUUUUACACAUGCGAAAUUCAUCGAGUGGGUGAUAGAUCUCCUCGAUAAUCCACACAAGGAUAGAUCAGGAAGUCUCGAGAAAGCUAGAGCAACAAAGGGUGGGUAUCAAAUUUGUAGUAGGCUAAUGAUGAUGCACACAAACAAAGAAAAAAUCUAGGCAGACAGUGCUGGCAAUCCUCAAAGUACCGGAAGCCAAAGAUGCUAAUAUAAAAGUACAUUGAAGUCUUAAAAUGCCUGAAGGAGGAUAUUUCUUCUGUGUCAGAACAGUAUAGUUUGGGAAAGUGAUCAAGUGGUUCUUCUCACACAUGCCCUUGCUGUUUAAGAUGGCGAGGCAGUCACAGUGAUCGGGAAAAGCCAAGAUAAUCGACAAAAGUCAAGUGAUCACAUUAUCAUAGCCUGAAGGCCAAGAUAAUUGGCGGUCACAGUGCCAUUUGUGAUUGGAUCAACCAUACAUAUGCUCAACCUCGUCUCAAGAACCGAAGGCUGAGAAUUGCAGAUUCUCACCGAUAUGUGGGUAGUGCGAGCGAAACUGACAACGGGGGAGCUGGUCCGUCUGGCAGUGGCAGAGUCCACGCACGCAUUGGCCCGUAGAAUCUCGGCCGUCCACUCCACACCUACCCGAUUCUCCAGUAUCCCCCGUCCUUGCAGCAAGCCUCCGCACAAAACCGCCCGGACCUAUGGCCGCCGCCACCCGCUGACUGGUCUCGCCCCCGAAACCACCGCCGCCUCGCCUUCAACCUCCUCCUGCCGCCGAGCCCACGGACGCCUCCCCGCACCGGAAGGCGCCCCCGAGCCCCGGACCAACGGCAAGAGGUGUCGCCGCAGCCGCUGUCCAGUACGGCAUUAUAUAUCUUGCGGCUCACGAACCUCAAAGGAAACCGCGGGGGGCAUGGCCAUGGCCGUGGCGGAGGCGCGUCUCCGGCAGGACAAGGUGAAGAAGUUUGAAGAUUUCGUUGACCGGCGGCUCAAGCCUGACCUUGUGAACGCCAUAGCCCAGCGCGAUAACUUGUUCCAGCAGCAGAAGACUUUCUUGGAUUUGAAGAAGAACAUCGAAAACUUGGAAAAGAAUGGUGUAACGAGCAUGCGAUCCAUGGUCAAUCUUGGCUCAGAGGUGUACAUGCAGGCAGAAGUGCCGGACAAGAGGCACAUUUUUGUGGAUAUCGGUCUAGGUUUUCAUGUGGAAUUUACUUGGCAAGAGGCUCUGCAGUUUAUAUCUGUACGAGAAGCAAGGUUGGCCAGACAGAUAGAUGAGUACACACACCUCAUUGCGAGCAUAAAAGCACAGAUCAAGAUGGUGUGUGAAGGUAUCCGUGAACUCCUGCAGUUAGCAGCGGAGUGAGCAUUAGGGUCCCAAUGCCAAGAAUGUAUGCCAAGAACGCAGCUCUCCCAAAUCCCAAUGUUUUUGUUUUAGGGUCCCAAAUCCCAAUGUUGAUCAGGAGGCAUUGUGUAAGUAUAGGUGAAAGAAGUGGCAAAAGAGAAUACUUUGCUUGAUC